AUGUUAAUCCACUGUUACUGUGCUUUAUCUGACCAAAUCUCAGUUCAAAUUUUGGAGUCUUUGGUCCAAAAACGACAAGACGUCGUCCGAUGCUCUGCCACUGUGCUCCGUCUAGCUAAUGACCUUGCAACUUCGCCGGAUGAAUUGGCGAGAGGAGACGCUCUCAAAUCGGUCCAGUGUUACAUGCAUGAGACCGGAGUUUCGGAGGAAGAGGCACGCGCACAUGUGCAGCAGAUGAUAAGUCUCACUUGGGACGAGAUGAACUAUGAAGCACGAACGGCGGCACGCAGUUCUUCCUUACUUUCUCGACGUUUUGUGGAAACUGCAAUGAACUUGGCACGCAUGUCGCAAUGCAUGUAUCAACAUGGCGAUGGUCAUGGCUGUCCUGACAAAGCCAAGAUCGUUGAUCGUGUCCAAACCUUGCUCGUUGAUCCAAUCCCAUUAGGCCAUUAG